GUGUAAUUUUGUGAGGGUACAAGCAGCAGCAGCAGCAGCAUCCUCCAGCCAGAGCAGCCCUCCCCCCUCUCCACUCUCCCUCACCACCAGAAUGCCCGACGACCAAACGGAAGCAGGCGCUACCAUUUUGAAAUACAGCAACGCCUAGCGCCAUGGACAAGAGCCACACAGUGAAGCUCUUUGUGGGCAACUUGGCGCUAGACACGACCCAAGAGGAACUGUCGGCCAUCUUUGAACCCUAUGGCCAGGUGGUCAGCUGUAGCGUUCUGCGGCAGUUUGCCUUUGUGCACUUACAGGGCGAGGGAGCGGCCGAGCGCGCCAUCAGAGAACUCAAUGGACGCGAGUUUCGGGGCAGGAAUCUGGUGGUGGAAGAGUCGAGGGGAAGGCCGCUUCACUCCACCAAAGUGUUUGUGGGUAAUCUGAGUGGCAUGUGCACCACCGAGGACCUGCAGCAGCUCUUUCAGACCUUUGGGAAGGUCCUGGAAUGUGACAAGGUCAAAGGUUAUGCCUUCGUUCACAUGGAAAAUAAGGAGGACGCACUGCAGGCCAUCGAAGCUCUUCAUGGCACCUCGUUCAAAGGGCGCCCCCUGUCUGUGGAGCUAUCCAAGGUUCAACCCAGCAAGCAGACACCCACAGGGAAGAUCCCGUGUGUGAACUGUGGUAAGCAGGGGCAUUACGCUGGCGAGUGCCCCGUGGGGAAGCCCUCUCUGGAGCAGUACCAGAGCCAGGCUGCGGUCCUGGCAGCUGCAGCUGCUGCUGCUGCAGGUCUGCCCCUCCAGGUCCAACAAAGUGUGCACAACUCUGUCUACAACACCUCUACGUUUGACCCUACGUACGCCGCGCUCACCGGGAUCACCACCGGCACACGCACUGACGGGAACCCGGUGAACCCAGCCGUAUACGGGGCCCUGGCCAGUCAGGUGUACGGUGCUAAUGUUGCCAGUCAGCUUUACGGAACAGUUGCCAACCAGACAGGGCUGACGUCAGGUGCUACCCAGGUCUACAGCUCAGUGGCCCCCAACAUCUACGGGCAGGUGGCUGCUACGCCUGCCGCCGCUGCUGCUGCUGCAGCGGCCGCUGCUUACUCCACCCCGGUUUACACCCCGACCAUGGCCAACGCGCCCGUCUACCUGGCAGCCGCCCCAGGUCUUGACAUGCAGACUGCAGCUGCUGCACUAAACCCCGCCUACACUAUGGCUCCUGCCAUUUACAGUGCCGCCGCCCCAGCCUACGCCCACCUCAGCGCCAUGGGGGCGGACCCCACUGCGGCCUUAUUCGAGGCUGCGCGGCAGGCACACUACUUCGCCCAGGGCCAGCAGGUGGUGGCGGAACAACAGAAUGCAGUGGUGGCGGCGGCUGCAGCUGCAGUGGCCAAGUCUGGAGAGAGGGACCGCAGCCCCCUGAGGAGGUCAGCCCCUCUGCUGCCAGACCCUGUCAUCAAACCCUUCAUGUACCAGAGAGCAAAGCCUCGGAGACCACUCCUGCCCACACCAGCAGGGCGCGCUGCAGAGGAGGCAGUGGAGGCCGCAGAGGACCCCAUGGCCAGGUAUUAUGCGGAGUACUACCAGCAGCUGCAGCAGUACCCUCAGUUCCAGUACUACCCUCCUCCUGGUGCCAUGGCUCUUCCUGGGAUGCCUGGAGUGACUGUGCCCGCGGUACCCGCUGUCCCUGCGAUGCCCGCUCAGCCUGUGGCGGCGCUGGAUGCUCUGAGGCCCGUGGCUGCGCUGGACGCCCUCAGACCAGUGGUCCCCACCGCCGCAGCAGUGGCGGCUGCCAUGGCUGCGCCCAGGGUGUAUGAGCCGCCGUUGCCGCCGCCCACGCGCAAGGAGGCCAUCCUCCGCCGCCCCGAACUCUCCCUUCACACGCCUGAGCCCCCCUUCCGAUAGUCGCACUGCCCUCCCCCCAAACCCGUCUGCCCCCACCUCCUCAGCAGCUGUAGUGUGAAUGUGUGUGUGUGGGCUCCAGUGUGUGGCGGUCAGGCCUGGGGCUUUGGUUGUAUUAACCUGCUUAAAGAGGGCUAGGGCUGGUUCUGAUCGCACACUCACAGUGCAGCCUCAGCACUUGACUCCUCUGUCUAUGGGCAUUCUUUGAUUUACUUUACGGUGCCAGUCUCACAACAGUGCCAGUAUUAACAAUUCAUUGCCUUUUUUCUGCAACCCAGUUAUGAUUUUCUAGGGCCAAAAUUCAAAACAAUCUUUCAGCCAUUCUCUUUAGGCCUAGAUAAUCAGUUAGGGCAGCUACGUUGCAGCCUUUUGCCUUAUGUUGAGUGGUAUUACUGUAUUUUUCAUGUACCAGAGUGAGUCCUGAGCAGUGCACUGGCUGCACUGUGCACGAGCCAGCAGAACCAGGCUGUUUCUUUGGAGAUGUCUGUGUUGAAUGUAAAGUUAGUCUGACUGAAUGAGCUGGAUGUUUGGGCUCCUGACUUUGCAGUGCACAAGCGCAGCAGCUCCAGUGGCGGCUUGCAGACAAUAGUGAAGCACAUGUUAAACGUACUGUAAUGUAUGAGCGCUCCUCUCCUCCACCCUCUCCUCUGAAAGACACUGCUUCAGCUCUCAUUACAGCUGCCUACCUCCGACACGCCCCCUUCAGUGUUUGUUGUGUUCACUUUUACCCAGUCAGCAGCUCUGCUCCAAAGCUGCAGAGUCAGCGCUUUAGUUUGGGAGGACUAUGACUGUACAUAUUUUGGAUGUCCUACAUAUUCAGAUGCCUUUUUUAAAUUAGUACAUGAUGAUAAUAAUAAUGUGUUCUUUGUUUUUAAUGUAGUUUACAAGUCAGUGUGGGGCGCAGUAAUUGUACAAAGGCCCCUGUGUGACUACUGAAUGAGCUGUUUACAAAGGAUCUUUACACUGCAUCCUCUAUAGACUUAUGUGAUGACAACUAUGUGCCUAUAAGCUUUGAGUGAAGUGCAUUAAGCGGAGGGAUCUCCCAUUUUAAGUGCUUUUUACUUUACUAAUCAUUUCAAAAGAGGGUACAGGAGCAUUUCCUACGUACUUGCACUUGUUUAACUUUCGUGUAAUAGGUUUGAAAAGCCACAACUUGAGCCUUAAAGGUUCAUAUGAGCGAACAACAGUGAUAGCACCAAUGACAUGAGAUAUGGGGCAGUGUCUUUUAGCAGUAUCCUCCUUAAAUCAGACGUGCUUCAAAUUGUAGUUGCAAAAAAAUCAGACAAAUGAGUUAUGCGUCUUUGAAAACCUUACAUAUUCAUUCAUUUCUCGAGGGCAUAUCUCACUUGUCUCGUUCUCCAUGAAGUGUUUUUCUAUAUAAUGGAGAAAUAUUUUUUGCAAGACUCUUUGACAGCGGUCUGGGCACAUGGACGUACCCCUCCCCUCCCCCCUGUGGUUUUUAGUGGCUAAGUGACUUUUGCAUCUCACAGUGUAAUCUUUGUGUGUCCUAUAUACAAACACAUACCAGUUGCAUCCUUUGUAGAAAUAUGUGGUUUGCGAAAUGUCUUGUUUGCCAUGUUUAAGACCGUAUUUUUAGAGAAGUAUUUAAUUUUUCUUUUUUAGGAAAAGAACAAAAUCCGGCAUGCUUUUUACUGAGAAUAUGUAUCCUAUAAUCAUUACUCGAAUGAUAAUAAAGAAUGUUUGGCUGACUACUGUGGUAAAAGAAAGCAAGGGUUCGGACAUUUCCCCUUCUUCUUCCUCUUUGUCUUUCUGCACUGUCUGUUUCUCCUCAGUAAAACGACUACCAGACCCUUUUGACUGAGGAUCCAGGGGGACACAAGUGUAGAUGCUGCCCCAGCUUUGCCCUCUUUGGUCAGACAAGUGCGGUUCGGUGCUCCCAUCUCUCUCUCCAGCCUCUUUAACUCUGAGCUCACAUCUGAGAUCACAUUUGUGCAAAUUUUCAAACAUUUGGGAGGGUAAACAGCACAGUGAGUUCACGUUGAGAGCUGGUGAGAGGCGCACAGAUAGAAUGGCUACAUUUUGAUCUGUGGAGCAGUGCUUUUUCUGUCACGGGGCUUACCUCUGGGUUGUCUGGUCUGGUCUGGUUUUGGUCUGGUCUCCCUUCUGCACCAAAUUCUCCCCUUUUCCGUGUGUCCUUGUGUCUACUCUCUACUCUUAAACCUACCUGCAUGCGUGAUACUCUCUGUAACUCUUUCGCUCAAUACAAAAAAUCCAAAAAGUGAAAAAAAAAAAAAAACAGUCCAGAUCUGACUAACUAUCUCAACUGAAAUAGGUACCACCUUCCGGAAGCGUGAUCCAUGAUGGGGACGAUGUUUAGCGCGACGCAUCCACAGUCUCUCUCUCUCUCUGUCUUCGGACCUUCAAGGUAAAUGAAAACAAAACAGCCAAAAACCAAAAAAAAAGCACUUACCUGACCUCUCCCCUCACCUGACCUUUCACCUUUGACCUGUACCUUCCUGCUCAAUCACCAACUCACCCCUCCCUCCUUCCCCUCUUUCUCUCCUACAUUCUCCCGCUCUGCUCACUCGUCCACAACCCUUCACUUGUAUCUGAUGGAGCAAACAGUCCCUUUUUCUCUCUCACGUGAUUGUUGUUUCGGAAAUAUGCAGUGUAGUGAUGAAGUUGUGUUCAUCAGUUUACAUAAUACUGAAUAAAAGGCCCGUAAUUGAUUAGAUAAAUGUAAACAAGAGCCUUAAAGGAGAAUUAAGCGAAACUAAUUGCAUAUAAAAGCCUUAUAAGGUCCAGAUAGAUAAGCAUUGGUCUAUAUACAAUACAAAAAGGUUAGUAAUGCAUUUAUUUAAGCCCGAUAUUACUCUAUUUUCAGAUUUGUUUUGUUGUUUCCUCAUCACAAACAUACCUGGAGUUGUGCUUUGUAAAUGAGCCUGACUGAUAUGGUGCUAAGUGCUGAUAGCCAAUACACAAGCCAAUAUAUUUUGUGACGUUAAAAUUCAUUGGUAAUCUUCAAUCUUGACUCUAUUAGAUUUUAAAUUGGGUUUGUUUAGGUGAUAUUUACUGUUAUUCUGCCUCUUUACGUCAUAUUUAAAGACAGCAGGUCGGCAUAAUGGCAUUUUGGCAUGACAUUCUUACCUGUAAACAAAGUAAACUACCGCUAAUAAUGUUUAGGAGUUAAGAGAUGUAUUUACAUCAUGCGUGCCGUGGUAAUUAACUAUAUGUGUAAAUGCCGAUUCACACCUCUAAUCACAGCUCAUUUACAUAUCAGUGUAACAUAUUUGACGCAAUAGAGAGUCUAAGCUUCAUAACGAGGUAUAACAUACCCACGUGGCCCAUAUCGGUACGAUUUAGGCCAAUAACCGAUGUCUGCAGUUGCCCAUAUCGGCUGAUAAUAUCGGCCAAACAAUAUAUCGGUCAGUCCUUAGUUUAAAUCACUCAUGUUUAACACAAACUCAUAUUUACAGAACGUCUCUCACAAUGAAAACACUCUCUUACACCUUGGGACAUUAUGUUUCACUCCUCAAAUUUCAAAUCUGUAAUGAACAAAAGGUACAGUAAAAGGUAGCGGUUAACAUGAAAACUACCGCUUCAUGACGUCACAAGGUGGAACAGACUAAUAAUAAAGAGUUACUCAGACAUGUGUGAAUGAAACAAAACACAACUCCAGGUCUGUUUUUGAUGAGGUACAACAUUCUAACAUGGCUCACAACAAUCAGUUUUGUGUAAUAUAGAACCUGGAGAUGUUAUUGCUUUGCCUGGAAUGUUCCACAGUAUGGUAUUAAACGUAUCUUGCAUUUAUCCCAUUGCAUUACAUGUUUUCCUAGUCACAAAACACCUUGAAAAACAUACAUGCGUCCUUACUGUGUGCAGACUCGCCUUUAAUUCAUCUGGUAACUUGGCCUAAGUUAAUUGCAAUACCGCCAAACAUUCCCGGCAAAUCAAUAACAUCUCCAUGGAGACAAGCUGCUGGCACACUAUAUUUCCUCCAGAAAAGUUACAUAGGGCAUAUUUAAGUACAUGCAAAAUCUAUAAAAAGUCGAAGAAUAGACCCACAUAAAAGUGCAGUAUAGCAGUCAAUCUCAGAACAUUUUGUGCAGGCUGCCCUUAUCUCACUGGUCCAAUAGUCCAGCAAUUCAGUACGUGAGCACAUUUGUAUUCUCUCUGCUGUGUUCACAAAUGCAAUCAAUAGAAAAAGAUCCAUUUUAGGUGAAUACUUUUCUUGUAGCUGUGAAAAAGCCUGUAUCAACAACCAGUGAGUCGUGUAGUUCAGUGGAUAUUAACCCUCAGCUUGUUUGGACGAAGUCUUAAAAACACCUAGAUUGCAAUAAGAUAUAAUAAAAAUGAGUUCUGACACAUGAAUUGCAGUGUUUCAAAGUGAUUUAUAAAUAAAGGUCACUCAAAAAGGAAUACUCAUAAAAGGAUAAAAGGAUGAUUUUGAUUUUCGCUGUCUUUAUUGCACUCUAAAAACAUAUGUUCUUACCGUGAGCAGGCUUGCAUCUCCACAAACCUGACUCUUAUUGGCCUAGAGGUAUGGCAUGAUCAUACUGUACCUUUAACUUUUUAACAUUAAGAUGAAUUUAAAUCUCGUGCUUCGAUUGUGAAUGCAAAUGAAGUGCAAAUGUGGCUGUAAUAAAAUCUGAAGCUUCUAUGCAAAUUGAUGGACACAGCUGCACAUGAAGAGAGCAUGUGGUUGGUUGUUGUUUUCUGGUUGUUGUUUUGAGGCUUGGCAGGUCUGGAGUCCACUUCCUGUGCUCCUCCGCCGUCUUCGCCGCCCUCUCCUUCUCCCUCUCCGACCUGUGACCUCUGACCCCGCCUCACUGCCCCGCCCUCCCUGUCGCGUCCUUUACCUCUCGCCGUUCACUACUACUUUACUGCGCUUUAUGGUUGUCUCGCCGUCACCGCCGUUUUGACACUUUGGAUCUGGGUAUGUGGCUGUACUUUUGCUAGCCCAGAAGCACACAUUUUGCCUUGCAGCCAAAAUAAAUUUUCUUAUUUUAAUGUGCAGUUCUUCGCCAGGGAAGUGCCAAUCUGAAAUUCUUCAAUAUAACAUAGAGUAUUUCAAGUAGCACUGUACAUUCUGGUCAUAUUAGAGCUCAUGAAACUAAAUGUGUGUCAGUUUCCAUUGAGAACAGUGAUCCUUUUGUUCAGGUAUUGAAUUGAACCCCGUGGAUGUGUUGGUAUCAAAAGGUGAGUCCUACAUCUGAAAGUGAGGAAGCUACAAACUACCAGGAGUGAUUGGAUUUCUAACAGAGGCACAAAAUGUUCCUGCACCAAAGUUACCUUGAAUAAAAAGACGCAAAGGCGGAUAAUAAUAUGAGCAGUGAGAGUAGUACUGGGAGUAUGACAUAGCAGCUACUACUAAAGAAUUUUAAUUACAAACCUCUUUCACCUUCUGUCUUCAUUACCUUUUCGCAAGACAAAUAGACCACAACAGUGAAAACAAUUUGGUAUCUCAUUUCAAAAGCAGCGAAAGUGAUAGGACAUUUCAUAGUGUAUUAGAGAUUCACUAUUCUGUUAGAGAGUCUUCAUGGAGAUGUUAAUGCUUUGCCUUUAAUAUUCAAUACCGGUCAAAAGUUUUAGAACACCACACUUUUUCCUGUUUUUUUUUUUUUUUUUUUUUUUUUACUGUUUACAUAUUCUAAACUUUUGAUUCAUCAAAGUGUCCACCUUUGGCAGAUAUAAAAACUGAACACACUCGUGGCUCGUUUUAUUUACAACAGAACUCAAAUAUUCUUCAGAAAGUUCUUCCCAAGUCUGUUGCAGAAGUUCCCAUAAAUGUGUGGCACCUGUAGGUUGCUUGGCUUUCACUCUUCUGUCCAGUUCAUCCCAAAACCAGCUCGAUGGAAUUUAAAUCUGGAGACUGUGCUGAACACUUCAAGCUCACCAUCUUGUUCUUUUUUUGCUCUAGUUUUGGCAGAGCUUGGCCUUGCGUUUUGUUAUCUUUUAUCUUUUUUUUUUGGUCCUAUUUCAAGCUGUUCAUUGGACUUGCACGACUUGAAUUUCAAUAAAUAACUGGAAAAAUUAGGGUGUUCUAAAGCGUUUGACCGGUAGUGUAUCUAUUCUGUAUUUGUUAAAUUACAGGUCAUUUUACAUGCGUUCUUUCUGUGAGUGGGGUCGCAUCUCCACAGAUCUGACUCCACCGAGACAAGCAAUAACUUCUCUAUGACAAGCUCUCCAGUAGAAUAGUUCUUUUUUAAAAGUAGUUACAUUUGCCUGUGUGGUUCUGUUGGUAAAUCUUUGAUCCAGGCUUCAUAGCUCAAACAUUUUGGUUCAGCGUUUUGGCUCCAGUUGCCUCCUGACUGCAGCCUCGUCUUCUGCCGCUGGGGUGAUCUCAGUUACGCCUGUCUGCAUCCCUCCCCUCCCUUCUCCCCCUCCCUGGUCUGAAUUCACAGCACACCCCGGCCCCCCUCACUCCCUCUCCCGAUUUGUCUCUGUGCUUUGACUCAAGAUUGUGCAGUUUCUAGUCCAGAUGCUCAAAAAAACACUCUUCUUUCUUUACGGUCGUUGUCUGCUGUGGCUGGAUCUGUAGAGAUCACUGUAAUGUAGGAGAAGAACAAUCAGUUUUAGCACAACAUAUAACAUAGACCAUAUUGCCUUGUUUUGAAUGACAUUUAGAAAACAGUGUGGCCAGUAUACACCAAUCAGGCAUCAUGACCACUCAGAUGAACUGAAUAAAUUUGUAGAAAGGUUCAUCUAGCGCAAGGAUUUGAGUUUGGUAAAGCUUAUGUGUGCUGGUUAGACAGUACCACUCCAAGAUGGCAGCUUAUGUCGUGUCAUUCCUCUGUCCAGUGGUCAUUUUUGUGGUGGAGGGUCCUCUACCUCCUUGCCUCCAAAGAGAUGUUGUGUUUUUGAAAUGAUCCACAGUACGACAUUUUACAGAUGUUUUUAUUGCUCAGAAAUGCACCGAAAAAUAUGAAAAUGUACUGUGAGUGGGCCCGCAUCUGCACAGAACUGACUCAUAGCUCGUCUUGAUUUGGUUGUUUUCAGGGAGAUGGAUUUAGCCUUAAGUUUAAUGCCAUACUGUGGAACAUUCCAGCCAACCAACAUUCCAGCAUCUUCAUGGAGACAAGCAGAUGAUAGAACUAACCAGAUUACACACACGCUGCAACUUUGAGAAUUUUUAUUUUUAGUCCAAGAUUUCAACCGUGAGAAAAAACACGAUUUACCUGAAAAGUGUAGGAAAACUUCAUUCAAAACAGUAUUAUACGAACCACAGGAGUUAAAAUCUAACAAAAUGCAAACACUGGAUCCAGAAAUGUAACUUUGGUUCCAGAAAUAAGUGAUUUCAUAAUUGUAACGUCCUUGUAGCUCUACAGCAGAUGACGUGAAUUGCAGUUGUGAUAUAAAAAGAUCUGAAUAUUUCAUAGGAUAUUUUUGAAUGUUUUACAGUAUAUUCUCAAUAGCAGACAUGUAUGCCUGAUUGGUGUAAUUGUUUCUAGCACAAAGUGAGUAGACUGCUGACAAAGAGACACCAGCAGUAGGGUUUACAGUAGAAAAUACCUCAUUUAUAAAUAUAUCUGCAUUUGUGAUCCAUUCAUUCUAGAUGCUGCAGUUUUAUGUUUUUAUAUUUAACAUCAAAUCAUCGUGUCUACCUUUUGGUCUUAUGUCCAAUAGCCAGCAAUACCUCUUCAGUAUAAUCUGUACAUUUACUGUGUGACCGUGUAAUGUAAAUAAAUGGUACCUUCAUUUCAGUAGCCUAAGAUUUACAUGUAGGUUAUCAGACCAGGCCAAAUGUAAUUGAAAUGGCUGUAAUUAAAAUGAUGAGACACAUGUGAAGUGUCUGGAGAAUGUGUGUCCCAAAGGAUGGGAUAUUUUCAAGGACAAAAAUGUUAGUUACUGUGAAUGACAAAUCGAUUAUUGUAUCAUUUAGCCUAUUGCAUUUAAUCUGUAUAUUUCUAAGGUAUAUUUGACUCUGCAUGCAAGACAUUAAUAAACUAUAUUUUUUUCUCAUCUA